AUGGAGCAAGGCAGGCAGGGCACCGCAAGGCCGGACAGCCACGUGCUCGAGACGCCCGUCUGGAUGAUUGUCGUCCGGGGCCUCCAGUUCCUCGUGUCGCUCGUGGUUCUCGGCCUGGCCGGGGCCUUGAUGCACGACCUGUACCUCGACGAGUUUGGGCUCUCGGUCGCGACGGCCGUACUCACGUGGUGUGUUCUCUUCUACGCCGUGUCGACGGAGAAGAUGUCGGCGUGGCACGCGGCCUACCACGUCCUGGCCGUGACUGUGCUCGACGGCUUCCUCGUCGUCAUGUGGCUGGCCACGUUUGCCGCCGUGGCCGCCAAGCGAGCCACGUUCAACGUCAACGUCCGGGUCGGCGGGUGCGUCGACGACGGCAGCCUCGUCGGCAGCAAGACGUGCUUCACCAGGCGCCAGCUCGGGAGGCGCGAUAUCCUGUUCAAGAGCGGCAGCGCCAUGAUGAGCGCCAUUGCCGGGCUGGGCGCCCUCCUCUGGCUCAUGUUUAUCGCGACGUUUGUGUGGACCGUCGUCAUGUUCGUCCGCGGCCGCAAGCAGGGCCGCUUUCCCGUCGCCGGAGCCGGCGGCCCCGGCGGCCCCGACAACUACCAGAUGGAGUCCAAGACGGAGCAGGGCGCUCCCGUGAUGCAGCCGCAUCUGCAGCCCGCUCAGCCCUGGCCGACGGGCGACCAUCACGAGUCCCCUCUGAGCCAGAAUCCCACGCCGGCGCCGUACCCGUCUCCCCAGAGCCCGUACCAGCCGCAGUCGCCGUACCAGCCGCCCCACGGCGCCCAGCAGCACGCCCAGUUCAAUCCGCAGUAUCCUUCGUAUCCGGCGCAUGCCCAGCAGGGCAGCGAGCUGUCGGGCACGCCGCUUCCCCAGCAGGCGUACCCUGCGCCGCCCCCGUUGACGACUUCCCCUGGUCCUUAG